GAGAAGGAGCUACAGCUGAAGUUUCCUCAUCUUUUGUGAUUCUGUCUAUAUGUACUCUAGUAGUACUGGUAAUACUGCUUGCAAACUGUGUCUCCUGCUGUAAAGACCCUGAGAUAGAUUUCAAGGAAUUUGAAGAUAACUUUGAUGAUGAAAUAGAUUUUACACCCCCAGCAGAAGAUACUCCAUCUGUUCAGUCUCCAGCGGAAGUGUUUACUCUUUCAGUUCCCAAUAUUGCUUUACCAACUCCCUCCCAGUUUCCAUCUCGUACAGAUGGAUCAAAGCCUCAAGUUGCACGUCAGAGUCUAAACUACAUACAGGAAAUAGGAAAUGGCUGGUUUGGAAAGGUUCUACUUGGAGAGAUCUACACAGGCUCUAGUGUAGCAAGGGUAAUAGUGAAGGAGUUGAAGGCAAGUGCAGGUCCCAAGGAGCAAGAACAGUUUUUAAGAAAUGGAGAACCAUAUUACAUUCUUCAGCAUCCAAAUGUUCUCCAGUGUAUUGGGCAAUGUGUGGAAGCCAUUCCUUAUCUCCUAGUUUUUGAGUUCUGUGACUUGGGUGACCUAAAAACUUAUAUCAGCAGUGAGCAGGAACACAUUAAAGGAGAUUCACAAAUAAUGCUGCUACAGAGAAUGGCGUGCGAGAUUGCUGCUGGACUUGCUGUAAUGCAUAAACAUAAUUUUGUGCACAGUGACUUGGCCUUACGGAAUUGCUUUCUUACAUCUGAUUUAAAUGUCAAAGUAGGAGAUUAUGGUAUAGGAUUCAGUAGAUAUAAGGAAGAUUAUAUUGAGACAGAUGAGAAGAAACUUGUUCCUCUCCGAUGGACUGCACCUGAGUUAGUCACAAGUUUUCAAGACCGACUGUUAUCAGCAGAGCAAAAUAAAUACAGUAACAUAUGGUCUCUGGGUGUCACAUUAUGGGAGCUGUUUGAGAAUGCUGCUCAGCCUUAUUCAGACUUUUCUGACAAGGAAGUCCUAACCCAUGUGAUAAAGGAGAAACAGGUUAAACUCUUCAAGCCACAACUGGAGCAGCCAUAUUCUGAUAGAUGGUAUGAAGUUCUGCAGUUCUGUUGGCUACCUCCAGAAAAGAGACCAACAGCAGAAGAAGUGCAUAGACUCUUAACUUACCUUCGCAUGCAAAGCCAAAGGGACUCGGAGGUUGACUUUGAACAGCAGUGGAAUGCUCUUAAACCAAACACCUCCAACAGAGAAAUAAAUAAUUCUGCAUUUCCAAUCUUGGAUCACUUCACAGGAGAAAGACUUGGCCAUGAGAUGGAGGAAGUUCUUACUGUAACUGAAACAAGCCAUGGUCUCAGCUUUGAAUAUAUCUGGGAGGCAGCUAAACAUGAUCACUUUGAUGAAUGUGGUCGUGUGAAUCCUGACGAAGCAAUGACGUACACAAGUAUUUUCUUUCCGGUGGAGGUUUUUGAGAGGUCACUUUCAGAGCAAGGGUCGGGAGCACAGGAUGGAAGUGGUCAAGAAGCAUCACUUGCUGUCCCUGGGGUGUUACCUGUGUUUGAUGCACACAAGCUUUCUGUUGGGAAUGACUACUAUAUCCAGUUAGAGGAAAAAGGAUGUGGGUGUAGCAUGAAUUUUGAUAACCAAUCAGUUGUACUAACUACAGAAGUUGAUCAUCAAGAAGCUGUACAAGAAAAAAGUUCUCAUUUUGCAGUUCUCAGGGAUCUUGAUAUUGAAGAAUCUAGCACUGACGGGGACUUCUUCCACUACAGUACAGAUCCUAAAGAGGAAUUUUUGCCUGCUACUAGUAGUCCAGAAAGUCCUUUCCAGAAUAUCUUUAGUGACAUUGACAGAUCAGAAGAAUUGACAAGCAGAAAAAGACUUAGUUUUACUGAAACAAAUGAUGUUCCUAAAGACUUUAAACCAGCUGUUUUAAACUCAAAUGCAGAUGCUAGAAAGACAGCAGGCCUUUCUGAAAAGGGGUCUUCUAGUAAUGCUUCUGAAAAUGAAACAGUUUCCUUAUGUGAAAAUAUCUCUAACCAGUCUGACUUGGUAACUUCAGAAGAACUUUCUGCUAACUUUUUAUUUCUUCAAGAGAAAAACUUAUUAACAGGGUUAUUGUCUAACAAAACCAGCAGUGAUUUUGGGCAAAAACAAGAUGAUGUUCUAAAAAGUAUAUUAGAAACCUCAAAUAGAAAGUCAGUAGAGCCUGAGCCUGUGUUGGCUGAAAACGCACAGGUCUUUUCUUUAAUCCAUGAAAGUCUUAAAACAGUGAAAGAUGAAAAUUUUAACCCAGUGACAAUGAAUAAAGAUCUGAAUUCUCAGACUACUGUAGAGAUACAGGCAUCCUCUAGUCCAUCUGCAGCACAUAAGUCGUGUGAUAACCAUGCAAAUCUUCCUUAUAUGAAGGAUGAGGGAAAACUUUUAAAUGUGGAAGUCAGUGAAGUCAUGUCCUGUAACACUGAUAUUCUCUGUCAAGAGGAGCUAUCCAAUAAUGCCAAAAACAGUAGUGUUGGAAACAAUCCAUAUUACGGUGUUGCUGUUGAAACAGAUGAGUGUGAUACAGAAAUAAAACAAGGAAUGCUUUUUGAGUCUGAUGAAAUAGCUUUUAGUAGAGAAAAAUGUAGUGAUCAGGGAGAUGGGAAAAGAAACUUGCAAGAUAAGUCUCUUGUAUUAAAAAAAGAUCAAUGUUUAUUGGAGGAAGAACAAGAAACAUCAGAUCAUUUUGAGAACUGUAAGGAUGUUCUGGAAGAGGUGACCUUAAUUUCUGUUGCUACUUCAGAUUGUAUGAGUCAGGAUAGUCUUUUGGAAGACAGCCCAUCUCCUAUACAAACUGUAGAACAAUCCCUAGAGACACCUGAUUCUUUGGAUUCUUUAGAUGUAAAUGAGGUUUUAGAAUCUUUACAGGCUCAAAGUCCUCAGAAACUUCUGCCGCCUGACAAACCUGCUGACAGUGGCUAUGAAACAGAGAACCUGGAAUCUCCAGAAUGGACUUCACAUAUUACUGUUGAUGAUGCUGCUAGUGUAGAUACUGCUCUCUGUGUUGCUAGCGAGAGCAAUGUCAGUGCUUUGCCUUCUAAUCCAGUCAUAAUUGUUUCAGAAGCAGCAGCUUGUUUAGAUGCAGUGAACAGCAAUUUUGAAAUAACCCCAAAGGUUUUCCUGGGUGGAAAUCAAAACUCGUAUAGAGACUCUGCCUAUUUCUCUGAUAAUGAUUCUGAGCCAGAUAAAAAAACAGAAGAGACUGUAAAUCUGUUAAGAGAGACUAUGUGUGUUGUUCCUUCAAACAGAGGAGAGAAUAACACUGAAGAGGACUGCAGUUUUGAAGAGAGACGGCAAAAGUGUGAUGUGGGGAAUCACCAGGAUACCAAUAAUCAAAGUGCAAAACUAGAACUAAAUCACAACUUGGAGAUGCAAGAGAUGGAUGGAAGGAUGCAGGGGUGUCCUGAUGAGUGGGCUGAGGCAACUCUGAACUCCUUGGAAAUAUCGACAGGAAUUAACCUAAGGGAUGAAAUAAAAUUAUCUGAGACUUCCCAUAAAACAGUCUCUUGUGUUGGCACUAAUACUUCAGAACUUCUUUCACACAGAGACUUAAAGUCUGUGCAUAACAUACACAGUCCUUUAGAUCUGAGUAAUGGUGAGAAGUCCUUCUAUCACCUUGAAGGACAAAAACUGAAAGAGCCAGAUAUUGAAGGAAAAUACCUUGGCAAACUUGAUGUUUCUGGAAUGCUUGAUUUAGAAGAUGGUGAUGAUGCAGAUGAGGAAGAUGAAAAUAGUGAUUCUGAGGAUGACAUGAGGACUUUUCAUAUGCAUAGUCUGAGUUCUGACAGUGAAGAUGAAACUGUUCAUCAAGUACCUGAGAUACUUACUGAAAAGGAUGAUGGAAAACAUCUGAGAAGCUUGUUAAAACUUCCAAAACCUCUUAAUGAAAGGCAACAUGAGAACUGGAAAAAUGAGAAGAAGGCUGUUACGUUCUUUGAUGAUGUGACGGUCUAUUUGUUUGAUCAGGAAACUCCAACUAAGGAGCUGGGAAACCCUGCAGCAGACGUGAACGGCGAAGGCUCUCGCAGCACUCCUGUUCCAUCUUCGAGUUUCAGUUACUUAAACAGAUUUGCAAAUUCAGAAAGCUCAACAGAUGAAGAAGGUGGGGGUUUUGAAUGGGAUGAUGACUUUUCUUCUCCAGAGCCAUCCUUUAUAUCAAAGGCAGCUAAUAGUCUUACUAGUUCGAAACCACCUCUUCAGUCAUCAAAGUACUUCUCUCCACCUCCACCUUCCCGGACUCUUGAUCAGAACUGGUCACAUUCAUCCCCUUAUUCCAGAUUCUCUAUCUCUCCUGCAAACAUGGCAAGCUUUUCUCUUACACAUCUUACUGAUUCAGAUAUAGAGCAAGGAGGAAGCAGUGAGGAUGGAGAAAAAGAUUAAAUUAAUUAGAACUUCCUUGGACUACAUACAUAAAACACACAGACUUUGAAACUUCUUUAUCUAAACUCUGGAUCCUCCUAGAGUAACACAGGUAAUCAAGAAGUACUAAGAAAUGAAAGUAAACACUGAAAGCAAUGUUAAAUCAGGACAUUAAUUUGAAUGUGUAUUUAACUUUGUAUUGUAUUUUUAAAUCAGUGCAAUUUUGCUUUUCAUUGAAAGAUGAUUCUGCCGCUGUUUUCAAGUACUUGAAGUAUUUUUCAGAUAACUUAAGAAACAUGUAAAGCAAUUACACUACAGUCUGGUUUAUGUAUGAGAUUGUAUAAUAUUCUUUUUAUAUUUUUCCAUGUACUUCAUUAUCUAUUUGAACAUACACCUGUUGUAGAAUUGUGUAUAACUGUCCUGUGCAACAGGUGGGUUUGCUGAAACUGUAUGAAUGAUAGUUGAUCAGUAGUGAGCCAUAUUUAUU